AUGUCGAACAAUCACAACGAAAAGUUGACAGCGGCGUCGAACCCAGACAUCGAGGACGAAUGGCAGAUUGUAGACAAGGAAGACACUCAACCUGAUGGCUUGGGAAAGGAUGAGAAGAAGGAAUUGGUCCAGGAGAAACCUUCUGACAACUCUGAGAAGAGUCUUGCGGAAGAGAAGAGAGAAUUAGCAAAGGCAAGAUGGGAAGGCAUGCAGCCGCAAAGGGGUGGCGUAUAUCCUGACAGAGAAGUCAAGACACCAAGCUAUCCCCAGUUCACUGGCAACUGGUAA